UGUAACCUAUUGUUUUAUUUUCGUAGGCCUACUUUCACUUUUCUUUUGAAAAUAAUAAUUUUCUAGAUUUAGAUCUAGAGCUAGGUCUAGAAAAAGGACAACCUUAACUAAACUGUAGAACCAAUGGUUAGGCAUUUUUAGAUUAAAGAAGUGAAAGGAAAUAGUUAAGAAUGUCAACUGUAGAUUUACUUGGAAUACAGGGCAUUCGGAGUUUUGGUUGUGAGGCAGCUGACUUUCAGAGAGUUCGAUUCUUUAAGCCAUUAACGCUUAUUCUUGGACCCAAUGGCACUGGCAAAACCACCAUCAUAGAAUGUUUGAAAUAUGCAGCCACUGGGGAUAUGCCACCCGGAACUAAAGGACCAGGAGGAGCUGCAUUUGUUCACGACCCUAAGCUGGCUAAAGAAAGUGAAAUUAAAGCUCAAGUAAAGAUGAUGAUAAGGGACAUAACGGGCACUACUUGCACAGUGCAGCGAUCAAUGACUGCAAGGGUGAAGGACGGUAAGGGUAAAAAAGUGGAAAUGAAAACAUUAGAUGGGGUCCUUACAAGACUCACCCCCAAUGGUGAUAAACAGUCAAUUACAUCCAGAUGUGCUGAUUUAAACAGAGAGAUGAUUGGAGCUCUGGGUGUAUCGAAAGCUGUUCUAGAUAAUGUGAUAUUUUGUCACCAAGAAGAUUCAAACUGGCCAUUGAGUGAAGGAAAGGCCCUGAAGGAGAAAUUUGAUGCCAUCUUUGCUUCAACUAGAUACACAAAAGUUUUGGAUGAAAUAAAAAAGUUAAAGCAGUCUCAGGAUCUAGAAAUUAGGGAAGGAAAAAAGGAAAUGGAUUAUCUGAAGCAGCAUAAAUCCAAAGCUGAAGAGCUGGAAAGAGAUCUAGAAGAUUUGCAAGUUAAACUUACUGCUUCAAUUGAUAGUGUAAAUAAUAUUAAUGAAGAGUUGAAGCCUGUGAAGGAGCAGCUAAUUACAAUCGGAACUAGACAAAAUGACAUAUUUAAACUGGAUACAGAGAAACAAAAAUUGGUUAGUGAACAAAGUUAUCUUGAAAAAAGUAUUGAAGAUUUAAUGCUGAAAAUAAAAGAAGAGUUUCAAGGAACAACUGCUGAACUGAAAAAAACAAUACAAGACUUUACCUCCCAGCUUGAAGAGAAACAGGAAGAACUAGAUCAACAAGAACAAGAACAAAAUAAAAUAAAAAGCGAGAUUGAGAAAUUGAUGAAAGAAAAGAGUACUUUAAUGAUGGAAAAGGGAAAACUUGAAAAGGAAGCCGAGAUUCAAGAGACCAAUAUUAAAAGACGAAAUAAAAAGAUAUAUGAAGUAGCAAAGGCUUAUACAUUUGAGGGUUUGGAAGAGGACGUAGAAAUCAAUGAUGCAAAGUACAGACUGUUCUUUGAGCUGAUUAAAGAUAAAUUAAGUUCUAUGAUGGAUGAAGGGAGAAAGAAAAAGGCUGAAUUUGAAGAAACAGAAAAUCAGCUGCAAGUUAAGGUUGACAAGUUGAGAGAAACAAAAACAAAACUGGAACAUGGAGAGAAAAUAAAAAAUGAAACAAUUGAAAAAAACACAAAAGAAAUUAAAGAAAUAAAUCAGAAACUAAGCCAAAUGGCUGCCUCUGAAGACAAACUAGCAGGUCUUGGUCUUGAUUUAAAAAGAGCAGAAAAUGAAUUGCAUGCUAUUGAAAAUUCUUUAAAUCCAGAUGAUAUCAAAAAGGAGAUAUUGGAUCUCGACAGACAGAAAAAGCAGCUAGAUGCCACAUUGAAUGAACUGAGCACAGAGUUAAAUAAAAUAACAAAGCAGUCUGGGAUUCAGACACAGCUAGACAUGUUGAUUGCCAACCAGCAAGAAAAAGAAUCAACUAUUGAAAGGUUAAGAAAUGAGCACAAAGAUAGCAUAGAGAGUGUUUUAGGUCACAUACCUAUGGAUAACUUGAGGGAGAGUGUCAGUGAUUACAUAAGUAACCAAACAGAUAAUGUUAGGAAAUGCAAUGCUGUACUUAGUGAGUGCAAGGCACAGCUUUCAAAAAAGCAGGCAGAGAAAAAUGCAGCCACUGAUCAACUACGCCAGAAGGAAGAUGACUUGAGGGCAUCAAAAGACAAAAUUCAAGACAUAUGUGAAAGUCAGGACUUGGAUGAGGAAUUUAAUGAGGUGCAAAGAAAUCUAACACAGGCUCAAGAAGAAAAGGGUUCCCUUCUUGGUGCUGAUCAUAUGAUCAAGAAAUACAUAAGGAACCUUGAAAAAAAUAACCCAUGCUGCCCAUUGUGUCAGAGAGGGUUCCAACAGGCACAAGAAGUCAGGGAGCUUAUUCUUAAACUACAAGAACAGUUGCGUAAGGUACCCAUAAGCCUAAGGAAAGCUGAAGAGGAUAUGGAAAAGUACCAGAAAAAAUAUGAUGAUAUCAUGCAGCUGAGACCAAUCCAAGAGAAUGCAGAUAAAAUCCAAGACAUAGAGAUUCCAAAUCUCAAGGAAAAAAUUAAAAAGUUAGAUGAAGAUAUAAAGCAUAUUAAAGAAAAUCUCCAGACAAAAGAAGAUGAAUUUAGCAUGCUUGAAGACAGUCUGCAAACUGCUAAAAGCUUUGAACCUGAUGUUAUUGAUAUGGAUCGCAGACGAGGGGAAGUAAGAGAGCUACAAAGGAAAAUUGAAGCACAAAGAGCCUUGCUGAUUGGUGGUGUUUCUGGUAGAACAACAGAUGUUGUAAUGCAGCAGAGAGAAGAAAAGCAACUUGAAUUAGAAACCAUCAACAGAACUCUGGACUUACGAAGGGAUAAGUUAAGUGAAUACCAGGAACAAACACAGAAAAUGAGAAAUAAAGUUCACACUCUUCAGGCUGAGAAGUUAUCAAUUGAAGGAAAUUUGCAGCAAAAAAUUAAGUUUGAAGAAAGAAGAGCCACAUUGACAAGUGAAAAUAAAAACUUUCAGCGUGAUAUAGAUGAGGCACGUACACAGCUUAAACCCAUAGAAAAUCAGAUUAAAAAGUUGAUUGAGGAAAAAGCAGAUGUUAGUAAAGAAAAAGAAAUGAUGAUGGAAAAAGCAAAAGCAGAUGUUGAUAUUGUUAAGAAGAAUGGAACAGAUGUGAGGAAUCUAAAUACAGAAAUUAAAAGUUACAAUGAUUCUGGUAAAUCUGAGAAAUUAAAAAGCUGUAUGAAGAAAGAGGAGCAACUGGAAAGUUUCCAGAAGAAGCUUGAAGAAAGGCUAGACAAUGUCACUGCCAAAGUAAAACAGUUACAUAAUGACAUUAGUAAUCAGCAAAUGCGUGAGAGGGAACUGCAAGACAAUCUUCAGCUUCGCAACAACCAGGAAGAGCUAAACAAACUGGGUGCCAAAAUUGAAGAACUGAAAGGAAAACUGGUAGGUUUUGACAUGAGAAACUUAGAGCAAGAGAGGCAAAAACUGAUUCUCAAAGAAAGAGAGUUAACUCAGAAGCAAAGUAAUGCUUUUGGACGGCAGCAAGGUUUUAAAGAUCAAAUCAAAGCAGUGACCAAAGACUUAGGCUCUGAUAUGUACAAAGAUGCCCAUCAGAAGUACAAAUCCAAGAUCAUUGAAAUAAAAACCACAGAGAUUGUGAAUGCAGACUUACAGAAGUAUUAUGGUGCUCUGGAUAAGGCUAUCAUGAUGUACCACAAAUCCAAGAUGGAGGAGAUCAACAUUAUUAUCCGUGAGUUAUGGAAAAAUGUGUACAGGGGAAAUGAUAUUGAGACUAUUGAGAUCCAGUCAGAAGCAGAUGAUGGACCAGCAACUAGUACAAUAAAGGCAAGGAGGAGCUACAACUACAGAGUUGUUAUGAUAAAAAAUGGUAUUCCUAUAGACAUGAGGGGAAGAUGCAGUGCUGGUCAAAAGGUACUAGCAUCACUCAUUAUCCGCUUAGCAUUGGCUGAAACAUUCUGUGUAAACUGUGGCAUCCUGGCUUUAGAUGAACCCACCACAAAUUUAGACAGAGCCAACAUUGAGAGCUUAGCUGUAGCUCUAGUUGAGGUAAUCAAAGAACGACACAGUCUGCGCCAUUUCCAACUAGUUGUGAUAACUCAUGAUGCUGACUUUGUGGAGCUUCUUGGCAGGUCUGAUUAUGUUGAUGAGUAUGUUCAAGUGUCUAAAAACUCUGAAGGACUUUCAAGACUUACAGUGAGAAAAGUUGAAGAUUUACAUUCCAGUUAAAUGAUUUGCCUUAUCAACUCAAUUAAAGGGCUUUAAUCAAGCUCUACAUUGUAACUUUCUAUCUCUCAUCAUAAAAAUAAGUUUUAGGGUGUGAUGAUAAAAUAAUUGAAAAAAUUGCACAAAAAAUUAAAAUUUCAAGGCAUUAUUUAUGUUGUAAUAAAAUAAUCUCUGGGGCAUUAUAGGACAGUGCUUAAGAUAAUUUUUUUUUCUAGCAACAAGGAUGAGGUAUUCAAUUUUGAAAAUUUACUUUUUAAAUUCUAUUUUUUGUUUUAUUAGUUUUAAAAUGUACUAAAGAGAUAGAAUUGUCACUGUUAAAAUUGUUUUGGCCAUAAGUUUGUUAUUGAUUUUCAGCAGAAACUAUUAUGAAAAUAGUUGCUGGUGAAUUUAGUUAAUGGAAUCAUUCAUGUAUAUGUUGCAUGUGUUUUACACACUUUCGGUAAUAUAAAAAAGUAAAAAACUGUUAUACUGAAAUGUUACAUAUGUUGAAAAAAUUGUUUUUGUUUAAUAGACUGGCAUUCUUAUGUUAAACCUGCAUAACAUUAUUUUUUAAUAAAGACAGUUUAGUCUUA